CUUCGUCGUCCUUCUCAGGCGCGUUUCCCACGGCUGCUGCCUGUUUUUACCUCCAUCGUCCUACCAUGCAGCGUGAACCUCCGAAGAAGAAGAAAGAGAAGAAGUCGGAAAAGCGGCUCUUUGACCCCUCAUCCUUCGGGAAGGACCUGCUGGCAGGCGGGGUCGCAGCGGCUGUGUCCAAGACCGCGGUGGCCCCCAUCGAGCGGGUGAAGCUGCUGCUGCAGGUGCAGGCGUCAUCGAAGCAGAUCAGUGCCGAGGCGCAGUACAAAGGCAUGGUGGACUGCCUGGUGCGGAUUCCGCGAGAGCAAGGUUUUUUCAGUUAUUGGCGUGGCAAUUUGGCAAAUGUUAUCCGAUAUUUUCCAACACAAGCUCUAAAUUUUGCUUUUAAGGACAAAUACAAACAACUUUUCAUGUCUGGAGUUAAUAAAGAAAAACAGUUCUGGAGGUGGUUUUUGGCAAACCUGGCUUCUGGUGGAGCUGCUGGAGCAACAUCCUUAUGUGUAGUUUAUCCGCUAGACUUUGCCCGAACCCGAUUAGGUGCUGAUAUUGGAAAAGGUCCUGAAGAGCGACAAUUCAAGGGUUUAGGUGACUGUAUUAUAAAAAUAGCAAAAUCAGACGGAAUUGUUGGUUUGUACCAAGGGUUUGGUGUUUCAGUUCAGGGUAUCAUUGUGUACCGAGCCUCCUAUUUUGGAGCAUAUGACACAGUUAAGGGCUUAUUACCCAAACCAAAGGAAACCCCAUUUCUUGUCUCCUUUUUCAUUGCUCAAGUUGUGACCACAUGCUCUGGAAUUCUUUCUUAUCCCUUUGACACAGUUAGAAGACGCAUGAUGAUGCAGAGUGGUGAGGCUGAACGGCAAUAUAAAGGAACUUUAGACUGCUUUGUGAAGAUAUACCAACAUGAGGGAAUCAAUGCAUUUUUUCGUGGUGCCUUCUCCAAUAUCCUUCGUGGUACAGGGGGUGCUUUGGUGUUGGUACUAUAUGAUAAAAUUAAAGAAUUCCUUAAUAUUGAUAUUGGAGGUAGUUCAUCAGGAUAUUAAAUUAAGAAAUGUAUUUAACUUGUUAAACAUACAAAUUAUAUA